GCGAGCUGGUGGAAUCGAUGCCGACACGGCGGGGAGUGAAGCGGGAGAAGCGAUUAAAUAGCACCCAGCUGAGCAAUUGGCCUUGAGAAUGUGGAAGAAAGGCGAGCUGGGAAAAGAGAAGCGGCUGAGGUGGGCGUGGGUUUGACGCCGGCGGUCUUCGUUUGCAAUCGACGAAGAGAUGCUCACUCUCGUCGUCCCUUGCUCGCCGCCUUCACUGUCGUCGUCGGAAUCCGGAAUCCGAAUCGCCGCCUUCACUGCCGCCUUCUAUUCGUCGUCACCCACUGCUCGCCGUCUUCACUCGUCGUCACCCACUGCGUGGAGAGGAUCGCCGUCUUCACUGCUCGCUAGCUGCGUGGAGAGGAUCGAAGGAAGGAAGAGGAUCGAAGAAAGAGGGGUUUCGGCGGUGAGAAGAAGAGUGUAAUUGGUUUCGAAGGAAGAAGAGUGUAAUUGGUUUCAGAAAACCGGUUGUACCGGUCAUCAACACACAAAUAAAAUAAUAAAUUAAUAAUUUAAAUGAAAUCUAAUGGUUGAUAUAGUUUGGACAUGAUCUAAUGGCUGUAAAUGUUUUAUAGUACCAAUACUAUAAAGCACACUAAAAUGCCUCUAUAAUAUUAUCGGUAUUUAUCAUGGAAGUUCCCACCGAACAAGUUACGAACUGUUAUAUACAUAAACAUACGACGAUAAAAAAUUCCUUGUUUUCCUUUAAAAAAAUGAAUAGCAAGAAAGUAAGCCUGCGUGUAACAAAAUCUUGUAACUAGUAGGAAAAAGUCUCGGUUGAUAACACCCAGCUAGGUGUUGAGUUCACAAUUCGAGCUUGAAAAGCCGAGUUUAGCAACUCGUCGACGAAGACAAGCCGCCAACGACAAUUUAAAACGAAACCGAAUGGAACUCUUGUGCAAUCCUACACCUGGAGGAAGGCUCACAGAGUUUAUGUCCAAGCUCGCCCACGAUCAAGGCGGUAUUGAUCGAUACAAGAGCAAGUUCGAGCUUGGUUUUCUCGGCCAAAGCUCUUCAACCAAAAACUAGCGACGAGACUUAGUUUAGGGUUCUUGAUUUAUGUAUUCAACUCCAAAACUACUUUACAAUACGCUGGUAGGCCUUAAAUAGAGAUUACAGAUAGUCUAGAAAGCAAAAGAAACCGAAACAAACAAGGUAAGCAAUACAAUCCCAAUUCUAAUACAAAACGUAAACUUAAAAUGCAAGUAACCAGCUGAUGUUGAUGUCAACUUGGAGACCCUCGUUCCCCCUCCUCCCGAGCCCGCUUGAAUCACCCAAUACCUUGUUUCUGUACUAGAAAAUGCGAACUUUCAUGUGGACUAAACAUUGAAGCUCGAUUCCCAGCCAUUCGUCGUGUCUUGAGCUUCAAAGUGGCCUUCCCGAAACUGUCCCAUGCCUUAGGCUAAACCUGGCAGUUUGACUGUGUUGUCAUAGACUUUUGUUGAGCUCGAAAGUCACUCUUCCCAGCAUUGCCUCGAGCUCCCAGACACUCCAAGCUGCAAAGGGAGUUGCCACCUACAAAACAAACCCUUAAAAUCCCAUUUUCAUCCACCCAAUCGAGAGAACAAUACCUGCAAAGAGAGCUACCCAAAACAGCUUCUACACUUAACCAAAAAUUCAGGUUUUUCCAGUAAGUUGAAUUGGGUUCUUGACCAGUUGACCCAACAAUUUCCACUUGUACUUUGAUCCAUUUGGGAUCGUAUCAUCGGUAACGCGAUCAGAUGAUAUAGUAUUACCUUGAAAGUGCUUACUGAAACUAUUAAUAUUAAUUAAAAGACCAAUAAUUACGGACUGUAAAAUACUCAUAUGGUUACAGUAAAAAUUUCUUGUAAAACAUCCUUAAAGCGAAUGGAGAGCAAUAAAGUAAGUCUACGUAU